GUGUGUGUGUGUGUGUGUGUGUGUGUGUGUAUUGUAAAAUAUACUCGUAUAAGAUUAAACAAAAAUAAUACAAGAUUGCAACAUAUUUUGACAUUUCGUUUAAUACAAGAUAGUGCAGAUGCCUUGAUAAAGUAUAGAAGUUAUUUACUGUGUUAAUCAUAUUUUUAUCUUCAUAUUAUCAUCUAAAAAAGACUAUGGCCGAAAUUUACUGCUAGUACAGUCAUGUGUAUUGUAGAAAAAUCUACAAUACACAUGACAUAAACUAUAGAUUUUCAAUACUAGCAGUAAAUAUUGAAACGAAAUGCAGCCUGUAUCUUUUUUCGUAAUUUCUCUUUUUUUGUGAUUUCUAUUCCGUUUUAGGUACAGAAAGUGUAACAUAGUACCGCGACAAAGGAGAAUAGAGUCUACGGAGUGCAAAUGGGAACAGUACUGAGUACAAAAAUACGAUUACAAAGAGCGGACUUGUGCGGACAAGCGGAGCGGUUCUGAUUUUCUGAUAUGUCGAACGAUGUUGAAACUCGUGUUGGAUACUUGGGACCAUAGGCGAUUGAUUUAGACACAUGAUAAAUAUUUGAUUUCUCAAAGCUGUCGAAAAAUGCGUCCUAAUCUUCUGAUGCAUUCUCAUUGCUGACGAUAUUGACGGAAUUUACUUUUUGAAUAUUUUUAGAUAUUGACGAGAUUUUAGAAAGUAAUAUUGACUAUGGAGCGUGGAAAGACUGGACUUGGCAGGGCAGCAAAAAAUAAAAUUGCCCAACAUCCUUCCGAUUUGUUUGCAUUAGGGUCAAAGAGUUCGCGAAAUGAUAACUCUGACUCUAAAGGCAGACCAGGUGUCAUCCAUUCCAAACCAGGCAGCAGUUCUACAUCCUCUGGUAAUGAUCGGAAAAAGGAGGCUCCUGGGUCAUCAUUCAUGUAUGUCCCACAGAAGAAGCCUAAGUUGGCUCAUGUUGGCUCCCAUCAACGGCAACCUUCUUCUAGCGCAGAAGCAUGGGAGGUUUUGGUUAUAGACACUGAUCCUGCAGACUUUGUACCCAUGGCCCUUGAGGCUAAUGACAAUGAUGAAGGUGACAAAGUGAUUGGAAUAAUAUGCGGUGCUAUCAAGACAUUGAAGAAUCAAAGAUGGAAGCCUGACACAUUACUCUACAUGGGGUUGUUAUAUUUAGCAAAAAUCCGCCCAUCUAUUUUUUCAAAUGAUUGCAUUUUGCAUGCACUGUCAUCACUCCUAAGGAGAGAUCAGAAUAAUCAGAAUAGCUACAAGAAUAAAGUGAGUCCACUGGUUCCCGUACUCGCUGCGAAUCUCUUGAUGAAAGGUUUUCAUGAUAAGAAGAAUUGGCCGGAAGUAUUUGUGAAGUUGUAUGUCGAAGAUGCUCUUGGGGAGCGCAUAUGGGUUGACCAUGAGGAAUGCAAAGGUUUUGUCGACAAUAUAUUAACUAGUUUCAAUACAAGGCAUCCACCUAAAUCUGUCAUGCAGCCUGAAUUUCCAGUACUAAUGCAACGCGAUUGUCCCAGCCCAUCCACAGUGGAUGACGAAGAUCCGGCGGCAUCAGCAGCGUCGUUGUCUGGGGACAAGGAGAAGAUAGAGUUUUCAGUGGGCCCGCGUUACGCCCAUUGUGUGGAGAAUAUAGAAUCGAUAGUCCUAGAAGCCGUAAAGGAGCAGUUAAACAGACGUCAGGCCGAAACUAUAACGAGAAAUUUUUUGAAGCUGCUCUCUUCGGCGUGCGGCUUUGUCGAGAUCAGAAACAUUGCCGUGCCGCGGCUAGAAGUGUGGCUACACAAUCCUAAGUUGAUGAGGCCCGCACAAGAACUGCUCAUUUACAUCUGUUACAAUUGCACGUCUCACACUCAAAGAGACGUCGAGGUCAUAAGUCAAUUGGUCAAGAUGAGAUUGAAGACGAAAGCUGUGAUCAACCUGUACUUGAACGGUGUCAAGGAACUGAUCGGAUUGCAUCCGGAGAACUUAGCCACUAUAUUAAAGCACACAAUUUACAACGAGUUGUCGAACGCUCGUAAUCCGAACAAUAUGCCCAUGCUGGGUAUAAUGUUCCAGACCUUACCCGAACAAGCGGCGAGAUUGCUCGCGGAGAUCUUUCAAGAUCUACUGAUGAAUCGCGAGGAUUAUUUGAGGCCGCUGCGUGCGUUGCUCAGGGAAAUCGUGCGUGUCUGCCGUCACGACAUCAAUCUCAUCGUUUUCGUACGCACGUUAAUGUCCGAGAGAUCGGACAUAACACAACAGUUGCUGAACUUUGAGUUUAAAGAUCGCAUGUUUAUCUCAAUAGUGGAUUUACUAUGCCUGUGCAUGCUCCUGGCGAUAAGUCCGCAGGUGAAGGAGGCGGGCACGUUGUCGCAACGCGCAGAUAAAAAAGACGCGGCUCUGUUGCACCAGUUUCAAAAUCUUGUAGCCAUGAUACAGCAUGAGACUGUGAUGUGGCUGCAGAACUCGGCACAGCAGAUGUAUACCGUCGGACGUAAUGAACUCUUGCAUGCAAUGCACAAGAUUAUGCUCCUAGAAACUCACGAGCACUAUUGUAAACUCGACAAUUGGCCACCAGAGUCAGACAGAGUAUUUUACAUGCGACUAGUAUCUGAGGUUCCAUUGUUGCAAACUACGUUGUGGAGACUAUUAAUGAUUGGUUACUCGAAGGACAAUGGAAUUACUCAUUCAGAGAUCUUAGAGUUGGCUGAUCUGCUGAUUCGACGUGCGGCGGCUAAUUCGACAGAGAAUUUUCCAAUGUUACAGAUUGAUAAAAUGGAUAUAAUUGAGCUUAUUUUUAAUCUCAGCAUUUAUCAGCCACCAGGAACAAUAAACAUACCUGCCGAGUAUCUACCACCGACAUUGGCAAUAGCUAAUCUUUAUUGGAAAGGCUGGACAAUGUUGUUAAUUUUAGCUGCUCACAAUCCAUCUACGAUUGGUGCAUUAGGAUGGAGGCGUUAUCCCAUAUUGAGGACACUGAUGGAAAUGUGCAUCACAAAUCAUUUUUCAUAUCCACCGCCGACUAUGGCUCUGCCGGAGAUAAUCGAACAAGAACGUGCGAAAGAAAUGCAGGUUGAAAGUCAUGAGAAACAACAGAUAUUGGAAUACGAAUCGCAUUUGGCCGCAGCGUCGACCAGGAUUCAGCUAUCCGAGCAGAAUAGUUUCUUGCUGUCGCAAUUGAUCACCAUGGAGCCAACGGGAAUUGCCAGAAGACCACCACUGGCUGUGCUCGAACAGAUACAAUUGUUAAAUACAUCUCAUAGACUGGGCCAUCUGCUUUGUCGAUCGCGUAAACCGGACUUUUUGUUGGAUAUCAUUCAAAGGCAACAGCAGAGCACAUCGCAGAGCAUGCCAUGGUUGGCGGAUCUUGUGCAGAACAGCGAAGGUUCUCUGAGCCAAUUGCCAGUGCAAUGUCUCUGUGAAUACUUAUUAUCGACUAGUCCGCAGACAGUCGAAAAACAGCCCAGACAGCAACAGCUGCUUGCACAUCUUCAGACACUGUUAACCGAUCCCAAUCAGGAUCAGCAGCAUGCAUAUGAAGUUUUGGAGUAUUUCUUGAGGAGACUGAGUAGCCAGCAGAGUAGCAGCCGGGUCCAAGCGAUCACCGGACUCAAGAUGGUUCUGGAUUCAAUUCCCCUUGAGGAUGAAAGUAUGGAAAUCGAUGGAGAAAACGAAAAAGAAACUUGGCUUCUACGAAAAUUGCCGUCGAUACCUCACUUUUUAUCUGUACGUUCACUGGUUUCCACAGCGUUACGUGGUGCUUGUCAGGUUGAAAAUAGCCCGGAUCUCGUGCACACUUACAUAUCAUAUCUGGCCGUGCACACCGCCGAUGAUGAUUUGCCCGACUUGACCGAUCUGGCCAACGAGAUUUCUCAAUUGGUCGUCGAGCGUAGCACCAUUAUCGCGGCCAUUCUGCCUCAACUUGAAAGCGAUAAUGUACGAGCCAAGCAAACGUUGCACUCCUUCAUGGCGAUCUUCUGUAACUAUCUUGAGAAAGCGCGAUCGCCUAGAGGGGAAGGUUACCAGUGGUCCGAAAGCCAAGAUCAGAUCUUGGUUCAAUGGAGUAAUGGCGAAGAAUGCACCAUGCAUAUCCUUGUGGUGCAUGCUAUGAUUAUACUGUUAACGUACGAUACGUCGAAAGAUGAUCCAUUAUUCAAUAAUUUGCUGGAAACUUGGUUUCCUUUAACGGAACAACCAAAAGCUUUCCUUGUAGAUACUAGCGAAGAAGCGCUGCUUAUACCUGAUUGGUUAAAGUUAAGAAUGAUCCGAAGUAAUGUGCCCCGUUUGGUGGACGCUGCCCUGAAGGAUCUGGAGCCCCAGCAAUUGGUACUUUUUAUUCAAAGUUUUGGCAUACCCGUAUCGUCGAUGAGCAAGCUGCUUCACACGCUCGACGCGGGUGUCCAGAUCGAUCCAGGCUCCGUUGGCGAGGCGGUGUUGGACAAAACGUAUAUGGCGCAAUUAGUCGAGGUACAACAUCGAAGGGGCGCCACGGGUGGAUUAGUGUUUGUCCAGGUAUUGCAAUUGCUGGAACCGCAGUUGCCAGACGAGAAUAUCCUGCCAAUUGGGAGAUUGCAGCAACCAUUACCGAUCAGUGCCACGGUGCAGAAGCAGUCCGUCAUACAGUGCUCUGUUAAGACCGACGUGCCGCAUUUGAUAAAUCGUCUCUUCAUCGAGAAUAUUCCGAUGAAUCAGAAAAUGGAUGCUUACCGGCGUUUGCACAAGACUCUGGCAAAAGAUCUGCAGAGAUCAUGUGUAAAGGAGAGCGGUGCAGUGGUGUUAGCGAUACAACACAUAUGCAGUGUUCUUAGUUCUAUGCAGGUCAAGCAGUUUCUGGCCUCGCUUGUGCAUAUGCCACAGUAUUCCUGCACGCUGAUGCGCGUGAUUCUGCUGCCACUUAAGAGGCCGUCGACAUCGAAGCACGUGAUUGAAUUGGCGCGUAACAUGUGUUUAAACCUGAUAUCGUUGAUAGGAGACGUGAAGGCGCCAGUUCUCUCGAUCCUGCGAGAUUUCGCUAAUGUGCAGCUGACAAAGACGCCGCAACGCGCGGAACUGUCAAUGCUGAUGCAGAGUCGCGGCGAGAGCCCCGGCUCGAUAUUGGAGGGUACGGAUCCUUUGAAUUUGGAAGCCGUGGGCCGAAGACUGCUGGAUCUCUGUUUGAAGCAGCAGAAGAAUGAUGACUUAGUCGAGGCCAUGGCGAGAUUAUUGGUCAGUGACAGUAACGAGGGCGCGUUGAAACCUCGUACCGGAUUGCUAAUUGACUGGCUGGCUUCUGUGGAGCCUGAGCUGAUUGGCAUUUGUCCGAAUCUCCAAAUGAAGCUGCUAUUCGGUAAAGCAAAGGUGCACAUCAACAUCGACAACAACGUCGUGAGCUCACACUCCUGCAGACCUUAUUUGUUGACGCUGUUGACGCACAGAGCAAGUUGGACGACCUUGUACAAAUGUGUCGGGCAUUUGUUAGAUAGAUGUGACGACGGAUACGAUCCUACUGCUGUUUUGGACUUUUUAUGGGCCUUGACUUGUAAUCCUAAAUUGUGGCAGGGCCGGGACAAGUUCACGCCGAAGCAUUACGUUCCUGAAAAUAUUCUGCUGUUGGAAGAACGGCAGCUCCUUACGCUAGUAGCGUAUCUAGUGUCCGAAGCUGUUAUUAUCUGCAAAAUGCAGAACAGAAAUGCCGCCUUAGCGAGGAUGGACAUCAGACUCGAUCUACUCUUACAUUGUAUAUCCACUGAGGACAGUCUAAUUUCUAACGUGGUUAACUAUUUAGCGAAACGUAUGAUGGAUAAUACUGAUGCAGACUCGGCUGAUAUGGCACAUCAGUUUCUACUUCACAUGUAUAUGAAAAUUCCGAAAGUUAUUUGUUACCUCGACAUCUUCCAGGUGAACAAAUUCGUCGACGGUGCGAGGAUAACUGACUGGACAGGCUCGGUGCUCGACUGCAUGAGCCAUUCUUUGUUGACGGCUCUGGCAGCGACCUCUAGACAAAAGUCAUGGAAUUCCAAAUCUCAGGAAUUCGAACUUUGUGCGAGAAAGAUGGCUGCAGUACAUCCUAUAUUGGUCCUGCGGCAACUGCCGAUGUUGGCGUCCUCCUUGAUGGGAAGAUGCUAUCUCGAUUUCAGUCAGUUUAGAUCGGGUCAUCAUUUAAAUCUUUUCCAACAAGUUAUGGGGUUAUUGGAGCUAUUGCAGCCGCAUCUAUUUAACAAACAACAUGAAACUGCAUUAGAGAAUACCUUGGAAAAUUAUUUCCAAUGUUUUCAGAAUUAUGGGUAUAUGAAAGACCUCGUCAACUUAGUGAAUAGAUUUGUGUCACUACUACAGUCGUACAUAUUGCACGAUCCGCAACGAGCAUUGAAAUAUCUUCAGAAACAUGCACUUGUUUUACAUGAGUUGCAGAUAAAUUAUUCAAAUGUACCCGCUUUGAGGACACUCGUGUCGGGGAUACCGAUACCGCGGGAAGGAGAAGAUGUAGAUGACAUUUUAAUCACCGUACCUCCUGCGCUACAUCCUCCGGAGCCCACUUUUCCGCAACAUUGGCAAUCGAUAUUGCCUAUACUCACUAAAAUGCAUGGUGAAGAUGUACUCAACGCGCUUCAAGAGAUCGAUCAUGUAUCGAUACGAAAACCUUCAGUUUUAGACCCCAUAACAGACAAUAUAGCCGAACUGCUUGUAUCGCCACAGGGUAACAUCAGAACACUCGCUCACAAUCUACUCGCUAGAGCACUGAAGCAUCGUCCCGCAUCGAACGCGAACAUAUUGUCCGCGUUUCAACGCUGCCUCGACAGUCACAGAGCAGAUGUUCUUUUAUCAGCUUUAGAAAAACUGCCGGAUAUCGUGUUAUGCAUGCAAGAACAUGCUUUACCAUUGAUGCAGAGAGUGUUCGAAUUGGGAGUAAACUCAAACGUCAACACGAUACCUUACAUCACCAAGACUAUAGCUUUAUUGAAUACGCAGCAAGGUUGUUAACAUCUAAAACUAUUAGUCUGUGUAGUUUUGUAAAUAUUACGCGUAAGACUUUUUUACAAUUAAAAUAGAACGGCGGAGAAAACUUUAUUUGUUUCCUUCCAACAUGUUUAAUAAAGGAUCAUCUAUAUCAUAA